AUGUAUGAUGGAAUGUGUGAGGAAAGCUUUCGCAGCCUUAUUCGAGAAGAACUGCAGUGCUUGUCAAAGUUGGAGAGGGAUCAGAAACUCAGAGAAUGUUUUGUGAAUCGAACAAAUGCUCUUCGGGAUGAAGAUCCAGCGCUUCCUCUGGAACAAUGUGAUAAACGCGGAAUGUGCAAAUGCCGUCUGAAUGGAUAUGUCUACGAUCCUGAAUCCAAAAAGUGUCUAGACAUCGAUGAAUGCGACACGCUUGAACCAGGUUGUUCCCAAAAGUGUGUGAAUCAUCCUGGCAGUUAUGAAUGCAUCUGUGAUCCAAGUUUCUUCCGCUUGGAUAAGGAUAAUAAGACAUGUGUCAGGAUUGAUAGGGAUCCAAUGUGGCUAUUCUUCGCUCAUGGGCAGUCAAUCUGGAAUAUUUCACUUAGUGGAGGAUCAUUCGAACUACAAAAGGCUGGUCUGCAAAAAACUGCCGUACUGGAUAUUGACGUGGCUGAGCGACGAAUCUACUACGCAGACGUUGGUUCAAAUUCGAUAGAAAGGCUAAAUCUUGAUGGAACAUUCCCUCAU